AUGGCCCCCGCUGUCGGUAUCGACUUGGGCACGACCUACUCGUGCGUGGGCAUCUUCCGUGAUGACCGCAUCGAGAUCAUUGCCAACGACCAGGGCAACCGCACAACCCCGUCCUUCGUGGCCUUCACAGACACCGAGCGUCUCAUCGGCGAUGCCGCCAAGAACCAGGUCGCCAUGAACCCCAUCAACACCGUCUUCGACGCCAAACGCCUCAUCGGCCGCAAGUUCGCAGACGCCGAGGUGCAGGCCGACAUGAAGCACUUCCCCUUCAAGGUCAUCGACAAGCAGAGCAAGCCUGUCGUGCAGGUUGAGUUCAAGGGCGAGACGAAGGAGUUCACACCCGAGGAGAUCUCCUCCAUGAUCUUGACCAAGAUGAGAGAGACCGCGGAGUCAUACCUCGGUGGCACGGUCAACAAUGCCGUGGUCACUGUUCCUGCAUACUUCAACGACUCGCAGAGGCAAGCAACCAAGGAUGCUGGUCUCAUUGCUGGCUUGAAUGUGCUCCGCAUCAUCAACGAGCCUACUGCCGCUGCCAUUGCCUACGGUCUCGACAAGAAGACUGAGGGUGAGCGCAACGUGCUCAUCUUCGACUUGGGUGGAGGUACUUUCGAUGUGUCUCUGCUCACCAUCGAGGAGGGUAUCUUCGAGGUCAAGUCUACUGCUGGUGAUACCCAUCUUGGUGGCGAGGAUUUCGACAACCGUCUCGUGAACCACUUUGUCAACGAGUUCAAAAGAAAACACAAGAAGGGCAUGUCUACUUCCAUCGGAGAUGCAAAUUUACAAUAUACUGACGGACUCCCAGAUCUGACCAGCAACGCCCGCGCCCUUCGUCGUCUGCGCACAGCCUGCGAGCGUGCCAAGCGCACUCUGUCUUCCUCCGCACAAACUUCCAUCGAGAUCGAUUCGCUGUACGAGGGCAUUGACUUCUACACGUCCAUCACUCGUGCCCGUUUCGAGGAGCUAUGCCAGGAUCUCUUCCGCUCCACAAUGGAGCCAGUUGAGCGCGUCCUCCGCGACGCCAAGAUCGACAAGUCUUCCGUCCACGAGAUCGUCUUGGUCGGUGGCUCCACCCGUAUCCCCAAGAUUCAGAAGAUGGUUUCCGACUUCUUCAACGGCAAGGAGCCCAACAAGUCCAUCAACCCUGAUGAGGCCGUCGCCUACGGUGCGGCCGUCCAGGCCGCUAUCCUUUCCGGUGACACUUCCAGCAAGUCUACCAACGAGAUCUUGCUGCUCGACGUCGCGCCGCUUUCCAUUGGUAUCGAGACCGCUGGUGGUGUCAUGACUCCUCUCAUCAAGCGCAACACCACCAUCCCCACGAAGAAGUCUGAGGUCUUCUCCACCUUUUCCGACAAUCAGCCUGGUGUGCUUAUCCAGGUCUUCGAGGGUGAGCGUGCCCGCACCAAGGACAACAACCUCCUCGGCAAGUUCGAGCUUACGGGCAUCCCACCCGCGCCUCGUGGUGUCCCUCAGAUCGAGGUCACCUUCGAUGUUGACGCCAACGGCAUCAUCAACGUCUCCGCGCUCGAGAAGGGCACUGGCAAGACCAACAAGAUCGUCAUCACCAACGACAAGGGCCGCUUAUCCAAGGAGGAGAUCGAGCGCAUGUUGGCCGAGGCCGAGAAGUACAAGGAGGAGGAUGAAGCCGAGGCCGGCCGAAUCCAGGCCAAGAACGGUCUUGAGUCGUACGCCUAUUCGCUCAAGAACACCCUGUCCGACUCCAAGGUUGACGAGAAGCUGUCGACUGAGGACAAGGAGAAGCUCAAGGCUGAGAUCGACAAGACUGUUGCUUGGCUCGAUGACAACCAGACUGCUACCAAGGACGAGUACGAGAGCCAGCAGAAGGAGCUGGAGGGUGUGGCGAACCCCAUCAUGAUGAAGUUCUACGGUGCCGAAGGUGGAGCAGGCGGUAUGCCAGGUGGCAUGGGCGGAAUGCCAGGCGGUAUGGGCGGAGGUAUGCCCGGCGGUGCUCCAGGCGCUGGCGGCGACGAUGGCCCAACCGUCGAGGAGGUUGACUGA